CCAGACGUGUGGGUUCGAAUCCCGGCGCCACCACGUUUAGGGUGCGACCGUGUUCAAGUUAGUUAACUUUCUCUCAGCCUCACGUUCCCCCUCGCCACGCGAGGCUACCAGUCCCACCCCGUGGCGUCGUUGGGACAGUUAGAUGCCGAGCGCUGAGCUCCGAGCCAGCCCCUGGUGACCGCUUGGUAACCUGUAGCUGCUGUGGCGGAGGAACUGCAAAUGGAUUUCUCAUGGAAGUGUGUGUUGAUUCAGUAGAGUCAGCUGUAAAUGCAGAACGAGGAGGUGCUGGUCGGAUUGAAUUAUGUUCUGGCUUACUGGAAGGAGGAACCACACCCAGCAUGGGUGUCCUUCAAGUAGUGAAGCAAUGUGUCCAGAUCCCAGUUUUUGUGAUGAUUCGGCCACGUGGAGGUGACUUUUUAUAUUCAGAUCGUGAAGUUGAGGUGAUGAAGGCUGACAUUCGUCUUGCCAAGCUUUAUGGUGCUGAUGGUUUGGUAUUUGGAGCAUUGACUGAAGAUGGAAACAUUGACAAAGAGUUGUGCAUGUCCCUUGUGGCUAUAUGCCGUCCUCUACCAGUCACUUUCCACCGAGCCUUUGACAUGGUGCAUGAUCCAAUGGCCGCUCUAGAGACCCUCUUAACCUUGGGAUUUGAACGAGUAUUGACCAGUGGCUGUGACAGUUCAGCACUAGAAGGGCUACCCUUAAUAAAGCGACUCAUAGAACAGGCAAAAGGGAGGAUUGUGGUAAUGCCAGGGGGUGGUAUAACAGACAGAAAUCUACAAAGGAUCCUUGAGGGUUCAGGUGCUACAGAAUUUCACUGUUCCGCUCGGUCUGCUAGAGAUUCAGGAAUGAAAUUUCGAAAUUUCUCUGUUGCCAUGGGAGCCUCUCUUUCUAGCUCAGAAUAUUCUCAAAAGGUAACAGAUGUGGCACAAGUAAGGACUUUGAAUGCUAUUGCAAAGAAUAUUCUGGUUUAGCCAGACCUCUCUGAGAGACAUGGAUAUCACAAGAUGAAGAUAGAAGAGUAGUCUGUAAUUAUGACACAGCUUUAACCUUCUUCUCUGGCCAGGACUGUCACAGUUUGAGUCUCACAUGGCCAUGGAGAGUGUUUUCAAGAAGACAAAGAAUUCGAGCAAAUCUACAACCACUUGCUUUGCUUAAUCUUGCCAGCCAUCUCUAUUAUCAUGGUUAAAUGUGGUGUAUGCUUCUUCCACAGACAGAGGUUAGUCUGUUUUGUGGAAUUAAUUGAUGAACUGGGAAAACUGGACUGUAAGAUAUGAAUUUAGAGUGUGACUUCAGGGUCAAUUUAAUAGCAGUAUUUUGCUUUUUCAUUUGUAAAAUAAAAAUUUUCAUUCUA